AUGGGCGAUAAUGGGCAUGCAAUUGCUUUAUAUCUCUUUGAGUUGCUUAUGAAUGUAAAUGCACCUAUACCCUUAAAGAUCCUUCUUGCUUCUUUGAAAUCAACUCAGAUCACGGGAUAUUGUGGAGUUAAUUUUGAUUUUAUAUUCCGCUCUUCUUCAUUGGACGAGGAACUUGAGCAGCUUAUUAUGUUUCUUCGUCAUUUUCCUUCGUUGUUCCACGUUGAAAAUAUGUACGUUUCCCCGGCCACCCCAGGUGACGUGAACGCCCACCACGAAUUUAUGCAAAGUAUUAUCUCAUACCCUCAAUGUUUCCGGGAAUCUUUUGCCGAUCUUUCAUCAUUCACUUCAACUUCUAAUUUUAUUAACCAACCAGACGUUAAUCCCUAUAUUCAAGCUGAAUACAGUUUUUCUGCCGAAAUCGAAGCAGCUAAAUUCUUUCAACUUCACUUACUUAGAAGAGGAGGUGAUCGUUAUGUUCUUAUACGCAGUCUUGCUGGGCACUUAUCACAGGCACCAUCCUCUGUAAGGCAGUGUGUAGGAUCGCAGGCUAAUUUUUUAACAUUUCUUAGGCGGCACUCCCACAUUUUUGAAAUUCAAGGAGAACUCGUUGGAUUGAGGAAUUAUUCCAGUAGCUUAAGUCCAGCUCAAUCGGAGAAGUCCUUUUCAUACCAUAACUUAUAUCGAAGAAAUCUUUACAAUGGAAGUAGGCGCAGACGUAUAGGAACAUAUUUCGACAGACAAUCAAGAUUUCAUGACACAAAAAGUGUCUGUAGCAAUAGCAGCCUUGUCGAUAGGUGCAAAUCUAAAAUGUUUAAAUCAUCUCUUCCUCAACCGCAAGUCGAAGUUUCAUUCAUUGGAAACCCUGUUACCACUCUGGCAGAGGGUGAUUCUUUGGUACCCGACAGCAUAAUACUCCCACUAGUGGAAUAUAAUGCUGUUAUGCUGCUUAGACGCUUUCUUGCUCGUGUGGGAUCUCGUGGGACUCAUCCUGGCUUUAUUCUCAGGCGCCUGGUCAAAGCACCUUUAGACAUUAGAGAAUCCAUUGGAUGGACCCGUGUUGAAUUGCAUGAAUUUCUCUUAAAGCACGACAGGUUUUUUGAGCUUUUGCCAACUUCAUUAAAUUUGGUCAUACAGGACGAAGAAGAUAAGGCGAAUGGAUCGAAUUAUUCUUUCAGGGAAUCGGCUUCUUCGACUCAUUCUGCAGACUACCUCGUGCGUUUGGUCCCAAGAGCAAGGCGUUUGCGUGCAAGAUUGCUAUCUCCUGAUAAAAGUUCAAACAAAGAAACUGACAAGACCCUCUUUGGUCGCCAAGGCACAAUUUUUCAUGUUGCUAAGCUGUGGGGAAUCAUUGAUCUUGGGCAGCAUGAACAUGUUUUCUUCGAUAAGUCGAUAUUUCGCAACGUCGAAGAUUUACUAAAACAUUUUCAUAUCAUAGUUUAG